UUAAGCUAGGGCGUCCCUCCUCUUUCUUACCAUUGAUGCUGCACAAGCUGACAAAUAAGGAUGGAAAUAGUGACAAGCGGUACGCCUUGAAAAUGGUCGCACAAGGUUGUAGUUUCUACUAGGUGCACGCCCCCACUAAUCGCAGUGCGCGUCUCCGGGUUCCACCUGGUACGUUCUCUACCGAAACGAGAAACAAGGAUCCUUCGGAGCGGAUGACAGCUGCCUGAGGGACACCCAGAUGAGCGAGGUGGUCGAUGGGAAGGUCCUGUUCCGCUUGCGCUACGGGAAUGGCCACGAAAGGAACGCCACGUUCACAUACAAGUCUUCUGACGGACAACAUUAUAACAUCUUCGAGGCUCAGCUGGAUGGCGUUCCAGGUGUGCCAAAGUACGAACUGCCAUUCGUGGACUGUGCCCACUGCAAGAUCGUGAAGGACCAAAAAGGCCCCAAAUGUCUGCUUUCGGUGCGAGAAUCCUCCCUCCGGCACGGCGUUCCCCAGCAUUGCCACUUUGUCUACGACCUGCUCUGCGGGCCAUCGCCGAAGUACCAGGUCUCGGACUCGAGCUGCCUCGACAACGAUGCGAAGUUGGGCUAAAGGAUUUCAGAACGAGAGAUCUCUCGCUAGCACAGACCCUUGGA